AUGCCGGACAAGCUGAAAAAUAUGGCCGUCGCCGAGGCCAACAGCGCUCGUGCGGCCUCCCAAGAAGUUCUCAAAUCGGGCGCUUAUCUGUACCCGAUCAAGGGCAUCCUCUACUUUGCAACCCAUAAAGACCUCUGGGGUCCCUUCAUGUCUCGCGUUGGGCGCACAUUCGGCCUCGGAAUGGGCGUUACGUCAUUCAUGUUCUUCUUCACCUACGUGCCCCAGAUGGCCAUCAUGGCCUUCACAAGUGGUCCACUAGCCGCGCUCUCAGCAGCUUUACUAGUCCUCACUGAGAGCGCUACCAUCACUAACAUUCUGUCGCGCUCCUUUGUGGUCGAAGAUGCUCUUAUCGAUACAUUCGAUGGGACACUCAUUGCCCGCGAUCAGGAACCCCUUGUCGCCCAGGGUCGUCAACUCAAGCCUCGAUCAGGGGGUCGGGAUGCGGUGGCAAGACUAGGCAAGAUUAUUUCGCGUCCACUUGCUAGGUUCACGCCGCAGGCUAUCUUCAGAUCGCUGAUUUACUUGCCCUUGAACUUGAUUCCGGUUGUCGGGACAGUGCUAUAUAUUACGGUUCAAGGCAAGCGUGUUGGACCAGCACUGCACACACGUUAUUUUGAAUUGAAGGGUUGGAAUGCCCGACAACGGGAAGACUGGAUCGCGAACCACAGGGGCGCUUAUACUGGACUCGGCAUGGCAGCAUUUGCUCUCGAAAUGGUCCCAUUCGCCUCUAUUGCUUUCUCGUUUACUAAUGCAGUCGGGGCGGCACUGUGGGCUGCAGAUCUGGAAAAGGCAUCGAAAUAA